CCUUUUGUAUUUUAUCUACUGUUGUCAUGUAUUUUACAAUUGAGAGGAUGCCUCAACACAUGAACUUUUGGCAACUAUCUCUAGGAAGUCUGUCCCAUUUUUGUAUUCAGUAGCAUAGGAAUAGAACCGGAGCUAUUUUUUCUUCUCUUUGAGUGACACAGUGUUCUCUGAAUCCUCCAACAUCAGGGGUAAAGCAACACAGCUCUUUUACAUUCUUUGGAAACCCUCAUAUUCUAAAUAAGAUUUUGGAUGUCUAGGGGAGAGUAGAGUUGAAUCUGGGUUUGAAUCUUAGCUCCAUCACUUCAUUUGUCUUUUCACGCAGCAAGUAUUUUGAGGACCUCCUUUGUCCGAGAUUUGUUCUAGGUGCCUGUUUUUAGGGAUUAAUUAGUACUUUUGUAAUUUGGGGCAAGUUCUUUUAUCUCACAGUGCCUUCUUUCUUUGUAAAGUAGACAUGAUGCUGUCUACCUCAUAGGAUUAUUUUAAGGAUUUAAUUAGAUAAUACUUUUUAGCCCAGUAAGAAUUAAUAAAAGUUUGCUAUAACCACUUUCAUUACUUUCUAAAAUCUGUUGUAAUCACUCAUUUAUUCCACAAAUAUAUAAUAAGCAUCUACUAAGCGCCAGGUACUAUGUUAGUAAUGUAAUGUGGCAAUAUAAUGUUAGGCAAAAGCAGACAUCAUCUGUGCCCAUAGGCAGUUUCCAGUGUAAAAUCAAAUUGUCAUUUCUAGGAGAUAUUUUCCCCAAACUAAGAAUACUGUUUGGUUAAUGAUAUAAGGAAAACUUGUGAACUCUUAGAUUGCUGGAUGGUUCUUUCCCCCUCAGUAAUAUGUGACCUAGCAAAAUGCCAGGACUUUUGUGUAGCUACCAAAAUACACACCGUAAGAUUCAUCUUUCAGUUAAAUUUGGUAAACUUUGUGUUUGCUUAGUUAUCCUUCUGUAUCCUGCCUGUUACAUUACACUUUUAAAGAAAGCAAGAAUCAUAUAAUAAAACUACUGCUUAAAUUAUGUUCUGCAAGGUUUUGUCCUUUCCAUUAUCUGAAUUGUUGAGAUUUUUUUCUCUUAGAUGUUAGCUUCUCUGCACAGACUUGUUAGCUAUCUCUUUAAGAAAGGAGAAUCAUAGAAUUUUCUUUAAAACCAAUAGAAUAUUGGCAAGCUUCAUGCUUAGACUUUGCUAGGGAUAAAUCCGUAAAUUUUUAAGUUGUAGUGUUAUUAAUCUAUUCAAGACAAAAGAAAUCAGUAUUUUUAGCCCUUUCCUAAUCCAAAGAGGCAUCAAAUAAUGUCCUCUGAAAUGUUGCCAGCAUUUAUUGAGUCUUCUAAUGUUGAAAGAAAGCAAAGUUUAAGUGAAGAUCAAGAGAAGAGCCAGAAGCCAAGAUUAGGUGAACAGUUAGAACCAAUAUCUAAACGACAGAUGAAGAAGCUAAUUAAACAGAAACAGUGGGAAGAACAACGAGAACUCCGCAAACAAAAGCGAAAGGAAAAACGCAAAAGAAAACAAUUAGAGCGACAGUGUCAACUGGAAUCAAACUUAGAUGGAAAUGACAGAAAACGUAUCCGAAGAGAUGUUGUUCACAGCACACUCCGCCUUAUCAUUGACUGCAGUUUUGACAGCCUAAUGGUAUUAAAGGACAUUAAGAAACUUCAUAAGCAGAUUCAGCGAUGUUAUGCAGAAAAUCGACGGGCACUGCAUCCUGUGCAGUUUUACUUGACAAGUCAUGGAGGCCAGUUGAAAAAGAACAUGGAUGAAAAUGACAAAGGAUGGGUCAACUGGAAGGAUAUCCACAUCAAACCAGAGCAUUAUAGUGAAUUCAUAAAGAAAGAAGACCUGAUUUAUCUAACAUCAGACUCACCUAAUGUACUGAAGGAAUUAGAUGAAUCAAAGGCCUAUGUGAUCGGAGGAUUAGUGGAUCACAACCAUCACAAGGGACUCACAUAUAAACAAGCAUCAGAUCAUGGAAUUGAUCAUGCACAGCUCCCCCUUGGAAAUUUUGUGAAGAUGAAUAGUAGAAAAGUUUUGGCAAUUAAUCAUGUGUUUGAGAUUAUUCUGGAAUAUCUGGAAACCAGAGACUGGCAAGAAGCAUUUUUUACUAUCUUACCCCAACGGAAAGGAGCUGUACCCACAGACAGAGCCUGUGAAAGUUCUUCGCAUGAUCUGAAAUCUGCCAGGAUUGAAGAUGGGUUGGACAGUGAUUCCAGUGAGGAGGACAAUAGCAGAAAUGAACUAGAGUCACCCCACGAAGAAGAAAAGCAGGAUAAAGAAAAUAGCAGUGAAUCUACAGUGAACUCAAUACCACACUAAUGUCAUCUGUUGUUUUUUGUUUUGUAUUUUAGUUUUUGUUUUUUUAGUUUAAGGAAAACUUAGGAGAAAAUGAGGUGCUUCAUAGAAUAUUCUAAUUGGAAGAAAAUUUUAUUUCCUCUCAUUUCUGUUAGUGAAUUUUUAAAACUUUUUUUACAGCUAAGUGAUAAAAAGCCCUUAUAAGAAGUAUUUUUUGUUUUUGCAUAAAAUUUAAAUGUUUAAUUUUUAAAGUAGCUUUCUAAGUCUCAGUGGUUUCUUGAGAAUUUUACUUUAUUGGUAAACUUUCAUUCUCUUUUAUUUACUUGAUUAUAUUCUUUAGAAUGUGCCUUCUGACCUUUCAGGGUUUUUUUUUUUAUGUUUAUAUCAAAUAUCUUUCUGAUUUAUUGCCUACUUAGUUGUGGAGAUAGAUGUUCAUAAAUCUCCUGUAAGUCUACCAAAAUGUUCUGUAUGGGAGGUUACCUCCUAUUUGCAGCUUUUUUUUUUUUAAUUCAACUCAGUUACUUCAAAGGAAUAUAGUUAAUUUUAGAAAGUAUUAGAUUGAUAAACUCAACAAAUUAUUUCUUUUGGACUAUGGAGCCCAUCUCUGUUCCUCCUCUAUGAUGCCUUUCAUGGUUCUAAAGCAGUCACUGGAGAGUAAAGAAUCUCCUUAAUGUAUUUUAAUUUCAGUAAUGAUGGUAAAUUAUUUAAAUUACAGAAUUUAAUUUUUCAGGAUAGAUUAUUUUAAAAGGCUGUUGAGAACCAAUUUUGUCUUAAAUUUAAAAGGAAAUAGCUCUUAGCUAUCAUUUUCUUCUAUAUGUACUUUUAUUAAAAAAUAUUUGUUCUUAAAGUGAAUAAAGUUAACUUCAUUAUAUGUGCAUCUGUCUACUAGCAUAUAAUAUGCAAGCUAAUAUAACUUUCUGUAAAUAAGCAUGUAUGAAAAAAUAUAUAUAAUUGUGUGUGUGUAUAUAUAUAUCUAUAUAUCUGUAUCUGUCCACAAUCAUGUAUGAUUCUCAGUUAUCAAUAACAGGACUGAGUUGCCAAAUAUCUGUGUUAUCUGCAUAAAUGGUUGUGUCGAACAACCCUAAGAAUUUGAUUUUCAGAAAGUGCGAAAAUCCAUAACUAAGCAUUCGUAUGAGGACAUUGGCAAAGGAAGAUGGGGCUAAAAGGAGAUGUUUUCAUUUUCUACUGGUAAAUGUAGAGCAGUUUACAUUUAAAGUAGUGAUUGUUCUUUGUCACAGCUAAAGUAGGAUUUCAGAAGCCUUCACUGAGUUUGUAUAAAGUUUUUGUUCUUUUCAUUCAUUGGCAUCUCAGAUAAUGUACACAUUUGGUAGAAAGUUCAUUAGAUUUAGUAUUGAUGUUCACUGUCUCUUACUUUUGGUUGCUUUAUUCUUAGUAAUCUAUUAUAGCUAUUCAUUUAAAAUAAGGUCUUAGAGCAUGGUAUAUAAAUAAAGAAAAGCCCCUACAAUUCUAGAAGAUCAAAGUUUAUGUAUUAAGUUGUAUUUUUCAAAGGUUCAGGUUUUCCUGAGUAAAUAUGGUUCAGUAGUAUGAAAUCCAGUUGACCCUUGAAAAGUGUGGGGGUUAGGGGUACCGACCCCCCACAUAGUUGAAAAUACAUGUGAAACUUUGUCCCCAAACUUAAUAGCCUACUAUUGACCAGAAAUCUUACUGAUAAUAUAAACAGUGUAUUAACACAUAUUUGUAUGUUAUAUGUACUAUAUACUAUAUUUUUAAAAUAAACUAGAGGAAAUGUUAA